AUGCCGCCGUUCCGUCUACCGCCGGGGUUCCGGUUCCACCCGACGGACGAAGAGCUGCUGGGGUACUACCUGCAGCGGAAGGUGGAGAACCGCCUCGUGGACGACGGGCUCAUCGUGGAGGUCGACAUUCUCAAGUGCGAGCCGUGGGACCUGCCCAGCCAGUCGUGCCUCGAAGCCGGCGAGUGGUACUUCUUCUGCGCGCGCGACAAGAAGUAUCCGCACGGGUCGCGCGCGAAUCGCGCCACGGCGAAGGGGUACUGGAAGUCGACCGGCAAGGACAAGCCCGUGCGCAGCUCGCGCACGUCGCGACAAAUCGGGAUCAAGAAGACGCUCGUGUUUUACCUUGGAAGGGCGCCACGUGGCGGGCGGACGGACUGGGUGAUGCACGAGUACCGGCUGGAGCCCGAGGCACGGUCGCGCGGCGGCCCCGCGGCAGACUACGUGCUGUGCCGCGUUUUCAACAAGAGCGCCGGCGCCGCGGAUACCGCGUUGCCCAUGGAUCAAGACGAGGGGCAGCCCACUGCAAGCGAGCCGCCGUGGGAGACGGGAGGAGGCGGAGGAGGAGGUAAUACUCUGGGUGGUGUGUCGCCGAUGGGUGUGGGUGGUGCGGGUGGUGCGGGACAGCCCGUAAAGUUUGGGGGGAGCGGAGCUGCGGGAGGCGCGGAGGAAGCGGGCGCGAGCGACGCGGAGUCGGAAGGCGCGCUGACUACCACCACCGACCUUCAUCCGUUCUUCCGGGAGCCUUCCAACCGCAGCGACGGCACGAACGGUUUCUCCGUCGUUCCCGAGUCGCUACACGCCCCUGCCUCCGCUUACCCGUCCGUGCCUGCUUUCCCCGCUGCAGACGCGUCAUUCGUCCCGCCAGGCACGUUCGGACCGCCGUCGCAGGAACCGGGGUUUCCGGAUUUCCCGUUCGAGCUGCCGCCGGUUACGGAGCUGGGGCACAUGGAGGGCGGCGCGGAGAACUUGAUGGACAUUCUGGGAUUGGAGGAGGUCGAUCUCGUUCCCGUCGACCCUGCCGCUGCGACGCUUGUGCCCGUUGCCGCGCCGGAUGUGUCGGCUACUGCGAGCGGGAUUGCGGGGAGCGGAGCGGCGCGGCAGGAGGCGGAGAGCGACGUGGAUGUGGACGGAUUGUGGGAGAACAUUCAGUGGCAAGCGGGCGCUGCGGCGGCGGGACACGUGGCGGAGCAUGGGGCGGACCACGUGGCAGAGGCGGAGGAGUGGAAUAUACCGAUGGAGGGCGGCGAGGAAUGGUUGGGCGAGCAGCUGCCGGCGUUGAAUCUCCCCGAAGGCAUCUCCAUCGACGACUUCCUCGAAGACGCGCUCGUCGCCGACGACCUCUACGAAAACCACGCCGCUCUUCCCGCCGCUCCUGCCGCUCUCGCUGCGCCGGGUGCGCGUGCGAUGGCGGCACCCGGUGGGUUCGCGCCUGCUGCCCUUGCUGGCGCAGUUCCCGGCGCCGCGGCGGCCGCGCCCCUGCGAUCAGCGCGCGCCACAGGCACAGCCACCAUUGCAGCCGCCGCCGCAGCGCUGGCGAAGGCCAAAGCGGCACAGAGCGCCGCCGCAGCAGCAGGGAGAGGCUUCGCACCUCUCGCUACCGCUUCCAAUUCCGGCCUCGCUCGCUUCGCCGCCGCUCCCGUGGGCGCCACCGCCACGAGAGCGAUCGUGCGUCCGAGGUCGCGGCCUGUGCGCGCCGCUGGCGCCGUUAUGCCUGCCGCCGGCGCGUCGGUGGCAGGGCGACGCGUGCGCAUGCAAGUGUUCAACCCGCCGCAGCUGGCGGGUGGCGGCGGCGGAGCGCGGCUGGCGAGCAGCGGCAGCCGCAGUGGUGUGCCCUCGUUGAAUCUGGACGCGCGCCCAACUCCUCAUGUGCACGCGCAAGCGCGUCUUGCCCAGGCCGGUGGAAGUUUGAAUGAUGAGGACUGUCUGAUGGGGUCGCAAGAGUGGGCUAGGGGGAUGGAUCAGCAUGAGGGCAUGGUAGCAGCAACACCCAUAGCAACGUUUGAUGGGCGGGGUCUGGAUUCACGCAUGGAGCUCAGCGCCGUUGCAGACGUCACAAUGCAUUUCGGCGUGGAAGACCUGGAAGGACACGGGGCGCGGAUGACACACCACCCCGCUCACGCCCACACGCAUGCUGGUGCGGGUGAUUAUGCUCCUGCUGCCGGCGCCGCUGCUGGCGCCGCUGGUGCCGCUGCAGACGGUGCGUUUGGUGGUGCUGCUGGGCCGGCAGGUGCGCUGUGGGUGGUGGGGCAAGAGGAGGAAGGAGUACGCAUAUUGCCCGUGCCACAGGGCGGUGCGGCAGAGGACGGUGCGGUGGAGGGCGGUGCAAGAGAAGGUGGUGCUGUAGGGUUAGCGGCUGCUGAGCCCGUUCGACUGCAUGCACAUGUGCUUGAAGCGCUUGUGUUACAGCCACACCCGUUACAGGAGCGGGGAGGGCACGCGGAGAUGGAAGGGGAGGCGGAGUGGGCAGGGCUGGAGGAUCUCGUGCUCGCUGGUGACGCCGCCGCCCUCGCUGCUGCCCUUCCUCCCCCUGCCGCCGUUGCGGCCCCUGCUGCCCUUGCUGCCCCUGUCGCCUUUGCUGCUCCUGCAGGUGUACUUGGUGUUCCUAUAGCGGAUGUUCCCCUAGCGGGCGAGCCUUUAGCUGGUGUUCCUAUAGCUCAUCAUUUGUUAGAGCCCCCUGUUCCUGGUGCUCCUGCCAGGGCUGUUGCCGCCCUGCCUCUCGCGGCACCAGCCCCACGUGUGGCUGCUGGGCCGCAUCUAGCCCCUCCCGCCGUUCCUGCUGCACAAGGGGCCGCUCCUGCUGCUGCGCCUGCAGCUCCUGCCUUACCUGCCGCAGCGGGGAGAGUGCUUCCGGCCCCUGCAGCAGCAGCAGGAGCGGAUGCAGGGGCAGGCGGAGCAGCAGGUGGUGCCGUGAUGCUUGGGGCGGCAGUAGGGCGUGCGGUGGUGGAAGUCGGAGGUGCAGCGGCUCUUGACGCGCAGCAUGAUCCAAGAAUGCGGGAGCACGGAGGAGGGGAGGAGCGUGGAGGAGUAGAGGGGCAUGGAGGGGAGGGAGGCAUGGAGGGUGAGAUGAUGGAUGGUCAUGGUGAUGGCGAGAGGGUUGGCGGUGGCGACGGCGAGGGAGGGGCAGGGGUGGUUGCUCCGGGCGACGGGGAGAUAUUGCACGCGCAGGGCGGUGGUGGUGUGGCACGUGAAGUACAGAUAGAGCAGGCAAGACAGCAGCCUGUGCAGCAGGCGAGGCAGCAGGUGGCAGGAGGUGGCAACGUGCCUGGCCGCCAUGAUGCUCAGCUCCGCGAUCCACAGCAUGAGGAGAGGGAAGAGGAGAGGGAAGAGGCAGAUGUGGGGAGAGGCAGGGCAGGGCGGAGUAGGAGCAGUGAAACCCCGAUGGAGGCGGAGGGGCCAGCAGGCCCCACUGCAGCAACUCCAUCCCAGAUGAUGCCGACACACGUGAUGCCGAAACUCAGCGCGCUGCUGGGCGGCAGCGCUGCAGCGCACCGGGUGUGCGCUGGAAGAGCUUCAGAUGUUGUUCAAUCCGACGAUGCUUCCACGGCACAGGCGGAGAAACUCUCAGCAGCAGCAGCGGGCGUUUCAGCAGCUGCUGAUAAAUCGCUGGGCGUUGCAGCCCCUGCUGCAACGGCCAGUGCUGUUUCCUCGGAGUGCUCAAGUGCAGUAAAUGAUGCAUUCGAUUCAGAUGCACAGCUCUCAUUGCAUCCUCCUCCUGCUCCUCCGGUGCCCGAGCCAGAGGAGGCAGCGAGGGAGGAGAUUGAGGACCAGCGGUGUGUGUGUGCGCGCACCCGGCCCAUAGCAGACCUCAUUGCCGAGUCUGCCAAGAAGGCACGUGGGCAGCGCCACCUGUGGCAGCAGUACCUGCCUGCUCAGCGCUCACCCGUCAAGCCGCGUGGGCCAGCUGGACCGACAGCAGUUAUUUCGAAGGGAGGGCGUGUGGGGGGAGGCAGGCCAGUGCACUCUCUGUCGCGUGGAGGGGCAGGUGUGGGCGGGACUAGGGCUGCUGGGGGCCUGCGCCCCGCUCCGCGGUACCUGAGCGGUGUGCUGCAGCUGCUCUCCGCCCUCCCUGCCCGCCCUGCCCACGCUGCUGAGCUGGCUGGCAGCAGAGGGGCGGCUGGAGGCUUGCAGGGCGAGAGGGCUGUGGGGCGGAAGGGUGGUGGUGGGUUGGUGUACGGUGGAGUGGAGGAGCAGGUGGCGGUAGAGGAGUGGAGCGAGGAGGAAGGGGAAGAGGAGGAGGAGGUGUUUGAGUCGCGGUGGUGGGUGAACUCGGAAGGGAGGGUGGUGCACAAAGACAUGCUGCUGGGGGUAAGUGGGAGGGGGUGGAGAAGCGGGAGAGGAGCAGUGGAGAUGGAGGAGUGGGAGGUGGAGACAGAGGAGGUAGAGACGGAGGAGAUUGAAACAGAGGAUGUGGAUGUGGUGUCGUCUGUGGUGACGGAUGACGAGAGUGCCGACCCUGACCUGCAGGACACGGCCAGCAGUGGAGGCUCAGUGGAGUCUGGCGGAAGCAGGGAAGUGGUGAGGAAAGUGGGGAGUAACGAGGGGAGGAGUGGUGGCAGGAUGAGCAGCAGCAGGGUGGUGCGGCGGCACAGAGUGACUGUUGCCACAGGGUGGGUUGAGCGCCCGACAAACCUGCACCACUCAGACAAACCUGCAGCUUCUCUUGCAAAAAAAAACUUCCCGGCCAGGGCCAAAGGUUAUGGUUCGAUGAGAGAGCUGAAGGAGCUGGAGGAGCUGUCUCCGUGGACGUUGCUUGCUCUGCUGCUGCGGCCGCUAGUGGUGGCAGUGAGGCGAUGGCUGCAUGAGCAGAGGCUGCUGCUGUGGGUGACCUUGGCGUUGUGCUGUGUGUCUGUGGGUGUGCUCUUGGCGCCUGCAUGGCACCUUCUUCCUUGCUUUGCUGCUGCUUCAUGUCAAGUUUAG